CGCUGCCAAAGUAAAACAGUUUCGUUCAAAAUUUCGAAUCGAGAGAUUGUCGGGAGGGUAUAGCGCGCGGCCAGUUCGCAUUUAUGUGUUUUUAUCGUGAUUCUGUCAACCGAAAUCAUAUGUUUUUAGCCAGCAGAGAGAUUGCCAGAACAGCAGCAGAACGGGCGCAGUUCUACGGCAGAAAAUGAAAAUUUAUUGAACGCACAGCACACACAGUGAUUUAAGCGAAUUAAAAUAAAUCAAAAUAUGGUUUGCCAUUCGAGUUCCGUGGAAUAAAGUUGUGAAAAAACCAGAAAACAAAAUUGUUAUCGCUCUCUCCGCCUCUCUGUGCGAUUUGCUCUUCGUGUUUAUGUCUCAGCUGUGCAAGUGUGUGUGCGGCAGUGUGUGUGCGAGUGUGUGUGACGUGCGUGCGUGCAAGUGUUUGUGAUUUCAUGUUGUUGUUUUGGCUGCUUUCGCGUGAAAUUCAACAACAACAUUCAGCAACAGCCAACAAAAUUUUAAUUGAGAUUUCCAUUUAAUCUAAAGGUGCAGGUGCCUAUAUUCCAGUUAUCAGUCUGAAGUCGGUCUGAAGUGCUAUCCUGGACUUUCCAUUUCUGCCACCGCCUGGCCCCAUCAAAUAUCCAAAUAAUUGAACUAUUUUUUAUAUUUGCAUCACAGCCCCACAUUGAGCCACUCACAGUCAGAAUUCCGAGCAACGUGCACAAAAACCAUUCGAAAAAUCAUCACGCACAAUGAAAAACGACGUCGUGCGAUGGAGCAGGCAGCCAACUAGCAACAUCAACAACAGCAGCAGCAACAGCAAAAGCGGCAAGAGCAAAAGCGGCAACAACAACAGCAACAACCACAAGCACAGAAGCAAAAGCAACAAAUUAAAUGCUCGACAAUUAGGGCCACAUGCUGGCAGAAGUUGUCAGCAGAGAGCCGCCGCAACAGAGCAAGAAGAACAACAAACAAUCAUUGAAUGUGAUAUAGGAAAUUUCAAUUUCGAUUGCAAUUUAUUCAAAACUAGUUUUUUAACGCAAUGCAAACCGAAACUUAGUGGCAGCAGCAGCAACAGAAUCAUUUGCGGCAGCAGCAGACACUUGGCGAAAACGAGAGCCGUGCUGCUGUUAGCUCUGCAAUUUAGUGCCGUAGUUUUUUUAUGUAAUUUUAAUGUCGGUUUCGCGGCCGGAAGUGUGGCAACGGCAUCGGGAGGCGGCUCAGCGCCAGUUGCACCACCACCCCCAGCGCCCUCAUCCUCGCCCGCAGCAGCACCACCGCCGCCGCCACCGCCGUCGUCAUCACUCAAAGUGGAUCCAAAUGGCCAGUCGCCGGUGCUGCCGCCAUAUGUCCUCGACUACGAGACGGGCGGCAGGGCCAAGUUGACGCCCAACAGCGGCAAGUACGGCCAAUCGGGCAGCUCCGGGGGCAACAACCAACUCACCGGACACUACACGCACACCUGGGCGGUGCACAUACCGAACGGCGAUAAUGGUAUGGCCGAUGCUGUAGCCAGGGAUCACGGUUUCGUCAAUUUGGGCAAGAUCUUCGAGGAUCACUACCACUUCGCACAUCACAAGGUCUCGAAGCGGUCGCUCUCCCCCGCCACGCAUCACCAAACUCGCCUCGAUGACGACGACCGGGUUCAUUGGGCGAAGCAGCAGAGGGCCAAGUCGCGAUCCAAGAGGGACUUCAUCAGGAUGCGACCCUCGAGGACCUCCUCGCGAGCCAUGUCGAUGGUGGACGCCAUGCCCUUCGACGACUCCAAAUGGCCGCAGAUGUGGUAUCUGAACCGCGGUGGUGGCCUGGACAUGAACGUGAUACCCGCCUGGAAGAUGGGCAUAACGGGCAAGGGCGUGGUGGUGACCAUCCUGGACGAUGGCCUGGAGUCCGAUCACCCGGACAUUGAGGAAAACUACGACCCCAAGGCCUCGUACGACGUGAACAGCCACGACGACGACCCGAUGCCGCACUACGACAUGCAGGACUCGAACCGCCAUGGAACACGUUGUGCCGGCGAGGUGGCGGCCACGGCGAACAACUCCUUCUGCGCGGUGGGCAUCGCCUAUGGGGCGAGUGUGGGCGGGGUGCGGAUGCUGGAUGGAGAUGUCACGGAUGCGGUGGAGGCGCGAUCGCUGUCGCUGAACCCGCAGUACAUCGACAUAUACAGCGCCUCCUGGGGACCCGACGACGAUGGCAAGACGGUCGACGGACCCGGGGAGCUGGCGUCGCGUGCCUUCAUCGAGGGAACGACCAAGGGACGCGGCGGCAAGGGGAGCAUCUUCAUCUGGGCGUCGGGAAAUGGGGGGCGGGAGCAGGACAACUGCAACUGCGACGGGUACACGAACUCCAUCUGGACGCUGUCCAUCUCCAGCGCCACGGAGGAGGGCCACGUGCCCUGGUACUCGGAGAAGUGCAGCUCCACACUGGCCACCACCUACAGCAGCGGCGGGCAGGGCGAGAAGCAGGUGGUCACCACGGACCUGCACCACUCGUGCACUGUCUCCCACACGGGCACCUCGGCGUCGGCCCCGCUCGCCGCUGGCAUCGCCGCAUUGGUGCUGCAGUCCAACCAGAAUCUCACCUGGCGCGACCUGCAGCACAUCGUGGUGCGCACCGCCAAGCCGGCGAACCUCAAGGAUCCCAGCUGGUCCCGCAACGGGGUCGGCCGGCGGGUGAGCCACUCCUUCGGCUACGGAUUGAUGGACGCCGCCGAGAUGGUGCGCGUGGCCCGCAAGUGGAAGUCGGUGCCGGAGCAGCAGCGCUGCGAGAUCAACGCUCCCCACGUGGACAAGGUCAUUCCUCCUCGCACUCACAUCACUCUCAUGCUGUCCGUGAAUCACUGCUCUUCUGUCAAUUAUCUGGAGCAUGUCCAGGCCAAGAUUACGCUGACUUCGCAGAGACGCGGAGACAUUCAGAUCUACUUGCGAUCACCUGCCAACACCAGUGUUACGCUGCUCACUCCUAGGAUCCACGACAAUUCCCGCUCCGGCUUCAACCAGUGGCCCUUCAUGUCCGUUCACACCUGGGGAGAAUCGCCGCGGGGCAACUGGCUGCUGGAGAUCCACAACGAGGGUCGCUACAUGGGCCAUGCUCUGCUCAGGGAAUGGUCGCUGAUCUUCUACGGCACCACUCAGAGCAUCGAGCCCAACGAUCCGAUCUCGGUGCCGAAGCCCAGUGCCUCGGAGGCCACCACCCCGAACAGCAGCAGCACCGCCAGCAAUCUGCACCAGGCCUACUCGCCCCAGUAUCCCCGCAUUCCGCCCAACAACUUCGGCAGCUCUCCCUCCGCCGGCGGCUCCAAGUUGCCGCUCGGCAAGGUGCCGCCGCCCAACAAGUCCAGCUUUGUGACCAACAAUCCGCUGCUGAAUCCCGCUCCACCCAAGCAGGGAUACCAACAGAUUUCGGCCACCUACGGCGUGAUUUUGGGCAAGGCUAAUGGGAAGGCCAAUAACAAUAACAGCAAGGAGAAGACCAAUAACAAGGGAAACAAGGCUAAUAGCGGUAAUAAGGGCAAAUCCGGCGGAUCAGGUGGCAAUCGCAAGGAGCCGACCACCCAGAGCAGCAUCACCCAGGCAACCACCAACAAGAACAAGUACUACCGCAUUUCCCAGCAACAGCAAAAGAACAACAAGCAGGACAGGAAUGGCGUGCAAACCCAAAGGCCAAAAGCGAAUUCCGGCGAGAAAUCCUAUGAAGAGAAAAGCCGCAAGGUGGUGGGCGAGAUCGGGACAACCACUGGCAAUGUAUCCAAUAAGGCUGCCAAGCAGGUGAAGGAUGGCACCACCUCGAAUUCGAAUUCAAGAAUACCCAAGCUGUUCGAGAGAUACGAAAAGAUUCAGGCCAUUUUCCCGGAACUGGAACCCUAUGAGAACACCUCGCCCAAGGGAAAACCCAAACAGGCCAAGCAGGGCAAGCAAUUCGAGGUGGAGCUGUUUAGGCCAACUACCGGGGGAAACAGUCGCCAGGGGAACACGAAGAAGUCGCCCUCGGUGCCACCGCCAUCGCAAACGAUGCCCUCCCUCGCCAUUUUGCCCAUUCUUCCCGCCGGCGGAAGUAGCUUUCUGCCCGAUCAGAAGAUCCUCAAGAAGCAACAGCUUCUGAUGGCCGCCGCUGGAGUCAUGGCUCCCGCCCAAGUGGAGGUGGAAAUGGAGGAGAUUCAGGCCACGCCUGAUUACGAGGAGCCGCGGGACCAGCGAAAGGAGGUCAACCGACCAAAUGCACAAAUCACACAAUGGGACAUGAUAUUCUAUGGCACCGCCACCCCCGCUCAGCCCGAUGACGUGGCCAAUCCGGGCCAGUCGGGCCAGCUGAAUCUGUAUGGCAACGACAUGGCCCACAAUGACAUCGAGUACGACUCCACUGGCCAGUGGAGGAACAUGCAGCAGGUGGGCGAGGUGGGCAUGAACCGAGAUCACAGCAACACCGCCGCGUGCCUUAAGUGGAGCGAUCGCAAGUGCUUAGAGUGCGAUGAGUCUGCUUAUAUGUAUGAGGAUCUGUGCUAUAAUGUCUGCCCGCUGCACACUUAUCCGUUUGACAAACUGGCAGCGGAUGAGGAAGAGCUGGGGGAUGAAGCCAGUCCUGCUCCUGUGAAUCCCUACAGCAGCCCCACCACCGAUCCUCCCGCGUCGAUGUCCAACAGCAUAGAUGACAAGCAGGAUCCUCUGCAGGCGGAGGAUCGCCGACGACGUCGUCGGAGUCAAACCUCUGGUAUUCCACUCACCCCGCUGGUGGAGACUCCCACUCGAAUCUGUGCCGGCUGUGACCGGAGCUGCCUGGCCUGUCAUGGACCCCUGGCCUCCCAGUGCAGCACCUGUGCGCCGGGCAGUCAACUCCGGAAGAUCCUGAACGAGACCUUCUGCUACGCCUACGUGGUUCGCAGCACGGGAAUGGCCACUGUGGUGGACAUGUCCGAGGAGGGAGAUCGGAAGACCGAGCAAUACAUGACUGGCACCACCGUGCUCCUUUUGAUAUCAGUGAUUCUCACCCUGAUGGGCGUGGCAGUUGCCGGAGGCAUUGUGUACCAUCGGAGGGCAACUGCCCGAUCCAACGAACUCUACUCCAGGGUUUCUUUGAUGGUCGGCGAUGAAAGUGAUUCCGACAACGAAGACGAACUAUUCAGGGCCCAUUUCCUAGGAAAAACAAAAGAUGUCAUCGAGUACCGUGAUGAACCAUCCAGCGAAAUAGCCUCCAGCCUCCAGAAAAACACCAGCCAUUUGGUUCCCUAGAUAAUCGGGAUUAAUUACUAGUUACUUCAUGCAUUUAGCCACCCUCAUAACCACCAGAAAUAUUAUACAAAUCCUCAGCCAAGGAAAAUCACAUUUUCGGUUAAUAAACUCUGCUACAUUCGACGGCAUUAUAGCUCCUUUAUUUCAAGCCAAAAUAGAUUAAAAGUAUUAAAAAUAUAAAAAAAACGAAGCGACAAUCAAAACUAAUUUUAUAUAUUUAUGCCUGAAUAAAAUUAUUAUGAAAUACAA